AGCCUCGUCAUACAUAAUUUAAGACCCACGUUUACGUUGGCCCGCCAGGCAGUCCAAGGGACACAACUCUCGCCUUUUGUUGUAUUUUCGGAAUGAUAUGACCACACUCUCAGGACAAGCUGUUGUUUAAGCCAAAGGUAUUUGUGGUCAAUAAUUGUAGUGGUUAGGGAGGACGUAGCAACAAUGAAAAAGCUGUUGGCGUUGACGGUGUUCCUGGAGCUGGUUGCGAUUAUUUCAGCGGCUGUAACGAUAGGCGAUAAGCCAAUCGUCGUGAACGUCGAAGAAGGAUUCACACUGAGAAAGAUACUCCAUCCAUUUCAAUGCGUCAGUGACAUUCCAGCAUCUGCGGUGUCCGUGACGGUGCUGUCCAUCACCCCCACCUCGCCCUGCGGAAGCUGCUUCGACAUCAUCAGGGAAACAAAGGCUGACCAGUUCACACUGUUUUACCUGCCAAGUCAAGGUCUGGUGGACUUUGAUGGUACCGCGAUGUACACGCUGACGGCUAUCUGCAGAGAUGAAUCAGGAGCGAAUGACACGGCGGAUGUAGAAAUAAGAGUGGUCACCAACCAUCCACCUGUCUUCAACACUCCGAUAGAUGAUGGCUGUGGCAUAUCGGGAGUCUUCACCCAAGCUGGAACUAUCAUACGUACUGUGGGCGUCACUGAUAACGAUUCUGACGACCUCAACUUCACCAUGACGGUCAUUCCUACUACAUCGACGGGAGACUUCUACAUCGAUAAUGGUGGCAACAUCCGGAACAGGUUUCCAACGGAUAUGCUGUGUCUCUCAACCAUUGCCUUCCAGGUGUAUGUGACUGACUUCAAAUCCAACCGUGUCGGACCCGCUGUUGUGACCUGCUCAAUCAGUAACCCCUACCUCGCGCCAACGGUGUCUAAUUUGAACCGCGAGAUAAGCCUUCCUGAAGACACGUCCUUUCCGUCGACGCUCAUCACAAUGUUGGCAACGCCAACCAUCCCCAUCGUCAGAUACGACUUCUCCACCAUCCCAUCGGCCGCACGGUGGCUCUUCAGCAUUGAGAACAAUGACCUGAUGCUAGUAAAUGAGCCGAGCUACGAAGACGCCAACUUCCAGAACAUCAACAUCUCCGUCUUCCCGUACAACGAGUACUGUAGGUCAGUUGAUGGACACUUCCUCUUCAUCAGGGUCACUGACGUCAACGACAUCCCCAAACUUCGGCCUGAUCUAGUGUACACGGCGGUGAACGAGGGCACGAUAAACGUCCCGUUCAGUACUCUCCUGAUCGAUGACGACUUUGGCGACACCCACACCUACGAGAUAAUUGCGGGUAACGACAGAAAACUAUUCGACAUCAACCAGCAGACGCGAAAUAUCAUAUCCGUAGGGACAUAUGACGUAGACCAGGGGGUGGACCCCCAGAACGUCACACUAGUUAUCCGAGUGACAGAUCGUGCGGGGGCCACUGCUAACGCAACAGUGAGGAUGAUCAUAGAGGACAUCAACGACAACUCCCCUGUCAUCACCCAGACAACCCACACCUUCUCCGCCACUGGCUGUUCCAUAAUCAACUCAAAUCUAGGCACGAUCACAGCCACAGACCAAGACUCUGCUAAAAAUGGCAACAAUAUCGUCCGAUUCCUCGGGUCGUGUAAUGGCCCUCUGUGUGUGAGCUCUGAUGGCACUAUCUACGCGUCUGGUUUGAUAGCAGCCAGCCAGAGCUACAGCCUGACUGUACAUGCCACCGACCUUGGAACAGUGCCAGGCCCCCGACAGAGUGUUAUUCCUGCCACAGUCACCCUCACCACUUCGGCCUGCCCCACCACAGUCGCCCCCGUCGUCGUCAACGGCAGCAGCGGUAGUUCUAAUAGCUCCAGCAACUCCUCAAGCUCAAGCUCCAGCUCCAGUUCCAGCUCAUCAUCUUCGUCAUCCUCUUCUUCUUCAGUAACGUCCUCUACAAACGGCACUCUUGACGCGGGGGUGAUUGCCGCCAUUGUGAUAGGCUGUCUUCUUCUUCCCCUUCUGUUCAUCGCUGGCUACUUCCUGUUCAAGUCUUGCUGCCCGUCGGCCUUCACCUCUUGCUGCGGCCCUAGCACAAGCGCCGCUACCAAACCGCAUGUAACUAAGCCACCAGAGAAAAACUACUGGAGCCCGCCAUCACCAAAUCGUAAAACAAGGCAGAUAACUCCAGAAAAACCAAGAACGCCAGAAAAACCUCAACAGAACCAGCAGUUUGACUACUGGGGCGGCCGUAAGUACUGAAACACCAUUGGGUCCGCACCGAAGCCCGCCGCAGACAUUGGCGGUCAGUCGACGUACAUGUGAUUACCCACAGCCAGCAUGGGAAGUUGUAGUUUGCUACACCAUACGUUACCGCCGCGGACGUCGACAGUAGCAUGUGAACACUUCAUCUACGAUUUUAUUUGUACUACGAAAAUGUUAUCAUCACACUAUCUUUGUCUCAUAAUGUCGACAUUUUAACUUUACUGCGGGCAAAAGAUAGUAGUCACCCAUAUUUGAUGGUGGUAAAUAGGAAACAAACAAGGAAUAGUUAUUCGGUGGUGAUGUAUUUUAUACGGGUAUUGGAGUUGUGUUUUGGACCUUAAGUUUGCAUGCAGUGUUUCGCAACUGUUUUCAGACUAGUAACGUUUUGAUAGCGUUUCAGUUUGUAAAUUUGGGUGAACUCCAAUGUUCAAGUGUAUACUCUCUGUUGCCCAGCAGUGUAUUAAUAAGUGAUAACUUGAUUGAAACGCUCUCUUUAUUGUUCAAUUGGAAACCGUAUAAUGUGACAGUGUGAUCAAAACACUCCAAUUGAACAGACUCUGAGACUCUAUUUGACUUGGAACUAAGUGAUCAUGCAGUCGACACACUCUAUUUAUACGCCAAAUUUGACUAUAUGCGAUCUCUUGCAUUAAGGGCGUGGAACAAGGAAUGACUGUCAUGUAGUAACCUUUCAUGCACGCCUUACUGAGAAUAUAUAUGGAGAAAUGUCCCUAUCCAAAUUGCAUUCGUCUGUAUGUGUCCACGUUAACAGGAUCCGGACAAAUGGUGAGUGAGUGAGGUUCAUUUUACGCCGCUUUUUGCAAUAUUCCAGCAAUAUCACGGCUUCACACAUUGUACCCAUGUCGGGAAUCGAACCCGGGUCUUCGGCGUGACGAGCGAACGCUUUAACCGCCAGGCUACCCGACCGCCACCCGGACAAAUGGGGUUUCACUGCAAAUGAUAGAUCCGAGAUCGAUGCACACGCCUGUGGACAAAGCAAAACACGAUGUACAUGUGACCAAUACAUGUAAAGCAUAUGAAUUCUUGGAAAUUCUUGGAAAUAUGUAUUUAUAUUUGUCGCCAGUUUGCUAUUUUUCCGGAUUCUCACCAUGAGGUGAAAGGUCGUCGUUAUUGUCAAUAUGUGACGCAUGUGUCCUUCAAAUCACUAUGUCGUGACACUGAAGAUCAUCCAUGUCCACUAGCGACCAAUAUAAUACCCCAGGCAGCACUAGAAUUACAGUAUCAUAGUGGACAGAGCACUGAUGACAAUAUUAUUCCCAUACGUUGAUUCCGUGUACUGUGUGGAUGCUAGCACUAGAGCCAGCACCACUCUCAUGUAAAUAAAGCCUGAAGUAUUACCCAUCUUUGCGAACACUGUGAUAAUAUAUCCGUGCCCCUCGUGAUUGUCUGGUGUAUGAUACCUUCCGAUACUGCCCGGGUACUCUGAAAUAUGGGCUAAGGGUGGCUUUUCAUGUAAAUAUAUUCGUCUGACAAGACCAUGAUGCUGCGCAUAUGCAAUAAAUAUUUAGUGUCUUCUGUU